AGUUCCCUGCUGCUCCAUCAUGGAUGUGAGGAGUACCACGGCGCUGGAGGUCCCUGAUAAGGAGAACACCUUCCUGCUGCAGCUGGAGACGUUGGCGCAGUACGUGAUUGAGACACGAGACGCUGUUCAGAUGAGGGCGUGGCUCAGCGACAUCAGGAACGGCAUCUGUCUCAGUGAGCAGGACGAUGCAGAGGGGGGGUGUGGGGGACCGCUGGACAUCAGCAGGACGCCAGAGAUUGGAGAGCGUCUUUCUCAAGUGUGUUACGGAGGAAUCGGAGGCUCCUCCCCUCUCAUGGACCCGCUCCCUCCGGAGUUGCCUCCUCGAGCUCCUCUCGACGAACCAGACGGCAGGAUUCUCGGAGCGGGCGGGGCUAGUCUGGGCACACCUUUUGCAGAGACGCCAGAUGCCACAGGUUCCUUCCUGUUUUCUGACGUGGGCCCAGCCGAGACCGUGGAGCACCCGCUCAGCGAGUGUCAGUGGUUCCACGGGACCCUAUCGCGCCUCAAAGCGGCCCAGUUGGUUCUGGCCGGAGGCCCGUCGAGCCACGGCGUGUUCCUGGUCCGGCAGAGCGAGACACGGCGUGGAGAGUACGUCCUCACCUUCAACUUCCAGGGCAAGGCCAAGCACCUCCGUCUGUCCCUGAACGAGGACGGGCAGUGCCGAGUGCAGCACCUAUGGUUCCAGUCCAUCUUCGACAUGUUGGAGCACUUCCGGGUCCACCCCAUCCCCCUGGAGUCCGGCGGCGCCUCUGACGUCACGCUCAUCAGCUUCGUGGGCGCCACCGCCGUCCGACAGCCAGGCCGGGACCGGGCGGGUAGUCGGCCUGCGGUCUGUGAUGUCAUCACCACGCGCCAUCCCGACUCUCCAUCAACCCCCAUCUCUGACUGUGU